AUGGAUAAUCUUCAGAAGGUUUGCAAGGCUGUCUUUCGGAGAUGGGAUUGGACUUCUAAUGGGGGUUGUUGUAAUAAAGGAGCUCGGAUUAUUCUGGGUUGGGAUCCUACGGAGGUAGAUGUUAUGGUUCUUACGCAGUCAGCUCAAGUCUUACAUAUUCAGGUUUUUUGUAAGGCUAAUAAGAGUAUGUUCUUUUGCUCCCUUAUAUAUGCUGCGAAUUAUUAUAUUUCUCGUAGGGAUCUCUGGCAUAGUUUACGUGUGCAUAAUGGCAUGGUUCAUGAUAAGCCUUGGGUGAUAAUGGGUGAUUUCAAUUCUGCUUUGAAUAUUGAAGAUAAGUCUUGUGGCUCUUCAUCCAUAACAUCUAGUAUGCGUGAUUUUAAAGACUGUCUUGAAGAGAUUGAAGUCUUUGAUAUAAAUCAUACAGGAUUACAUUUCACAUGGAGUCAAAAGCCCAAAGAAGGUAUUGGUUUGCUGAAAAAGAUUGACAGAGUGUUGGGUAAUGCUUCGUUUGUUAGUUCCUACCCGGAAUCGGUUGCCAUUUUCAAGCCCUAUGGUAAAUCUAAACCGAAACCGUUCAAGUUUGCUAAGUUCUUGGUUCACAAGCCGGGUUUCUUGGAUAUUGUCAAUGGCAGUUGUUACAGUAAUCUUCACGAGAAGGUUGCUAAUCUUCAUGCCAAACUUGAGGCUCUUCAGCAUGACAUUGAUAUGGACCCCCUGAAUGAUGUUUUACGAUCUCAAGAAGCUGCUACGCUAAGUGAUUUUCAGGAGGCACUGCUAGAUGAGGAAAGGUUCCUCAAGCAGAAAUCUAAAGUGGAGUGGCUCCGUGCAGGUGAUGCUAAUACGGCUUAUUUCCAUUCUUCCUUAAAGUGUAAAAAUCAUUUUAAUCGUAUAGAUGUGAUUUCGGAUUCAAAUGGAAAUGUUUUUGAAGGUGACAAUGUGGCUGCGGCUUUUGUCAGCCAUUAUGAGCAUUUUUUGGGUUGCGCAGGUCAGAUUUCUUUACAGCCAUGUCCGGAUAUUUUUACUUAUAAGCUGGAUUCUGAUACUGCAAACCAUAUGGUUCGGCCGGUUACUUUGGAGGAAAUUAAAUCAGCUAUGUUUUCGAUUGGGAAUGAUAAGGCCCCUGGUCCUGAUGGUUACACGGCUGCGUUUUUUAAAAGUUCUUGGCAGAUUGUGGGGAGCGAUGUUUCAAAUGAUGUUCUCGAUUUUUUUAACACUGCUUUUGUUCCUGGUCGGAAAAUUUCGGAUAAUAUUCUUCUUACGCAAGAGUUGAUGCACAAUUACCAUCGUCAUUUUGGCCCUCCUCGAUGUGCUUUUAAAGUAGAUAUUCAGAAGGCAUAUGAUACGGUAGAUUGGGGUUUUCUUAAGAAUGUGUUAAUUGGCUUCGGUUUUAAUGGCAUUAUGGUCGAUUGGAUCAUGUUAUGUGUGUCUACGGCCUCCUAUUCGAUAUGUGUCAACGGGAAUAUUCAUGGGUACUUUAAGGGGAAAAGAGGGUUAAGGCAAGGUGAUCCAUUAUCCCCUUAUCUUUUCACUCUCGUGAUGGAAGUUUUGACGUGUAUUCUUAACCAUGCCACAAGGAUUGAUUCGUCUUUCAGGUUUCAUAAUAAAUGUGAAAAGCAACGAAUUGUUAAUCUUUGUUUUGCGGACGAUUUAUUCCUUUUUGCUAGAGGAGAUGCGGGGUCGGCUCGAUGUAUUAUGUCUUCUAUCACGAAAUUCACUCGAAUGUCGGGGCUGACUCCGAGUGCGCAGAAAAGUACAGGAUUUUUGUGUAAUGUUCCGAAUAAUGUUAAAAUGGAAAUCUUGUCUAUCAUGUCGUUCGUGGAGGAUACGCUUCCGGUGAAAUAUUUGGGGGUUCCGCUUAUUUCUUCUAGACUGUUGUACAAGGAUUGUAGUGUUCUUGUGGAGCGUCUUGAAAAUCGGAUAGAUAAUUGGAAGAACAGAAUGUUAUCUUUUGCAGGCAGGUUGCAAUUAAUCAUUUCGGUCCUUUCAGCUCUUCAUGUGUACUGGUCUUCGGUUUUUAUUUUACCAGCUAGAGUCAUUAAGGAGUUGGAAUCUAAAAUGCGUAAUUUUCUUUGGGCUCAAUCUCUUUCUCAGCGGGGUAGGGCGAAAGUGUCUUGGAAUUCAGUGUGUGUGCCGAAACAUGAGGGAGGAUUGGGUAUUCGUCGGAUCGCGGAUGUCAAUAAAGCUCUCAUGGUGUCGCAUAUUUGGAGCAUUCUAAGUAACCGUAACUCGCUUUGGGUGGCUUGGAUUCAUUCUUAUCGUUUAAGAGGUCGGAGUUUUUGGGAUCACAGGGUUCCGGCUUCUUGUUGUUGGAGUUGGAGGAAGAUGACUCAACUUAGGCCUUUAAUCCGUCAGCAUGUUUGGUCUUAG